AUGGCCCCCAAACUCCAGUCUUCCCUUCUGCCUCAAAUGAAGAAACCAAGACCGCCUCCUGUCCCAAGGUCAGAGGAGACAUCAACCUCCCUAUACUUCCCAAAAAAAGAAAAAGAACAGCAAGAAGCAAUUGAACAUAUUGAUGAAAUACAAAAUGAAACAGACAGACUUAAUGAACAAGCCAGUGAGGAGAUCUUGAAAGUAGAAAAGAAAUAUAAUAAACUCCACCAACCAUUUUUUCAAAAGAGGUCAGAAUUGAUGGCCAAAAUCCUAAAUUUUGGGGUAACAACAUUCGUCAACCAUCCGCAAGUGUCUGCACUGUUUGGGGAGGAAGAUGAAGAGGCGCUGCAUUAUUUGACCAGAGCUGAAGUGACAGAAUUUGAAGAUAUUAAAUCAGGUUACAGAAUAGAUUUUUAUUUUGAUGAAAAUCCUUAUUUUGGAAAUAAAGUUCGCUACAAACAAUUUCAUCUGAAUGAGAGUGGUGAUCCAUCUUCAAAGUCCACUGAAAUCAAAUGGAAAUCUGGAAAGGAUUUGAUGCAAUGUUCAAGUCCAACACAGAAUAAAGCCAGCAGGAAGAUGCAGCAUGAGGAGCCAGAGAGCUUCUCUACCUGGUUGAUUGACCAUCCUGAUGCAGGUGCAGGUGAGUUAGGAGAAGCCAUCAAAGAUAAUAUUUGGCCAAAUCCAUUACAGUACUACUUGGUUCCUGGUAUGGAUGAAGAAGAAGGGAAAGGAGAAGAAGAUGAUGAUGAUGAAGAAGAAGAAGGAUUGGAAGAUAUUGAUGAAGAAGGGGUUGAGGAUGAAGGUGAAGAAGAUGAAGAUGAUGAUGAAGGGGAGGAAGGAGAGGAGGAUGAAGGAGAAGAUGACUCAUAGAACACUGAUGGA